AUGGUCGUCCCUACCGAGCGACUCAUCGAGCUCAUGGAGAUCCAGCCCCUCUCUCCUUACCAAGAUCGUGAUGAUGUCCUCCGCAAAGGCCGCACUAUGUCGCCAGUCUUCCUCGGCCGUGGUCGUUACAUCCUCGCAACGCCUCAGUUCCAGCAGUUCUUAUCCGCCCCAACUUCCGGGGUCCUCCUCGUCGAUGGCCAUUCGACGCUGGCAAAUAAUCCGGCGAUCAUGGUCUUACACUUCUUCGUCGGGCAGCACAGCCUUUUCGACGACCCGGUGAGAGGCCCAGGCGGCCUAAUGCGCAGCCUCAUUUACCAAGUGCUUUUGUACCCAAACCAGCCAUCGGCUUGUCUCGACCAGUUCGGUGACCAAGCAGUGCAGGAUAUCGCCGACGGCGAUAUUGGAACCCUGUGCUGGCUGUUUCGGGAGCUUUUGAAGCGAGUUGUGAAUGUGAAAACGAUACUAUGA